AUUAAGAUACGUAUUUGAGUCAAACGAGAAAUUUGAAUUAUAGAGAUUUGGUUGCCAUUCGGUGUAAGUGCUACUUGUCUUAAGACAAAAUGAUUGACAAAGUGUUUGUAAUAAUAGUUUUAGUGCCUUACGCUAUCAGCGAUUCCUGUAUGAGGUAUACGUUUGAAGAAGGCGACUUCUACGAUCGGUUUACGAGUAGAGGGCAGUGUAUCGGCUCGUUGUUCUGGGAAAUGGGACGAUAUGAAGAUUUGACCUUGACUGGGCAACAUUCAAGCAGUACCUCUUUUAUUGCUCCUCAAACAGUCAGCAGUUGUGUGUCAUCAUUCAUUUUUCCCAUGGUCCCCGGAGGUAGGAUUGACAUAAAGAUUUAUAUGGAGGUAACGGACAUGCAGGAUGUGAUCAUGGGUUUCGCCAUGGAAGUAGAUGAAGACGAUGGAGAUAAAGUAGUAGGUAUGGUUUCGAAUUCGCCGCAAGAACCUGGCUUUCAGAGCCAGUGGAGGACAUUGACCAUGGCUGUGAGUGGUUUGUCUCCUUAUGACGGCUACGUAUCCAUCAUGGGCAUGGCGCAUCCAGAUUCUAUUGUUUUAGUGGACUCAUUCCGCUACAUACCUCCGGGUAUGGAUGAAAGUUUAUGUCCUCUCUAUGACGACAAACCAGAUCCGACUACAACACCAGAUCCGACUACAACACCAGAUCCAACAACUACACCAGAUCCAACUACAACACCUGAUCCAACUACAACACCAGAUCCAACUACAACACCAGAUCCUACCACUACUCCGGAUCCAACUACAACACCAGAUCCUACCACUACACCUGAUCCAACUACAACACCAGAUCCAACUACAACACCAGAUCCAACAACUACACCAGAUCCAACUACAACACCAGAUCCAACUACAACACCAGAUCCAACUACAACACCAGAUCCUACCACUACUCCGGAUCCAACUACAACACCAGAUCCUACCACUACACCUGAUCCAACUACAACACCAGAUCCGACUACAACACCAGAUCCAACAACUACACCAGAUCCAACUACAACACCAGAUCCAACUACAACACCAGAUCCAACAACUACACCAGAUCCAACUACAACACCUGAUCCAACUACAACACCAGAUCCAACUACAACACCAGAUCCUACCACUACUCCGGAUUCAACCACGACUCCGGAUCCAACCACUACUCCGGAUCCAACUACAACACCAGAUCCUACCACUACUCCGGAUCCAACUACAACACCAGAUCCUACCACUACUCCGGAUCCAACUACAACACCAGAUCCAACUACAACACCAGAUCCUACCACUACUCCGAAUCCAACCACUACUCCGGAUCCAACCACAACUCCGGAUCCAACCACUACUCCGGAUCCAACUACAACACCAGAUCCAACUACAACACCAGAUCCUACCACUACUCCGGAUCCAACCACUACUCCGGAUCCAACCACUACACCUGAUCCAACUACAACACCAGAUCCUACCACUACUCCGGAUCCAACCACUACUCCGGAUCCAACCACUACUCCGGAUCCAACUACAACACCAGAUCCUACCACUACUCCGGAUCCAACUACAACACCUGAUCCUACCACUACUCCGGACCCAACUACAACACCAGAUCCUACCACUACUCCGGAUCCAACCACUACUCCGGAUCCAACCACUACACCUGAUCCAACUACAACACCAGAUCCAACUACAACACCAGAUCCUACCACUACUCCGGAUCCAACCACCACACCGGAUCCAACCACUACUCCGGAUCCAACUACAACACCUGAUCCAACUACAACACCAGAUCCUACCACUACUCCGGAUCCAACUACAACACCAGAUCCAACUACAACAUCAGAUCCUACCACUACUCCGGAUCCAACUACAACACCAGAUCCAACUACAACACCAGAUCCAACUACAACACCUGAUCUAACUACAACACCUGAUCCAACUACAACACCUGAUCCUACCACUACUCCGGAUCCCACUACAACACCAGAUCCAACUACAACACCAGAUCCAACUACAACACCAGAUCCAACUACAACACCAGAUCCAACUACAACACCUGAUCCUACCACUACUCCGGAUCCAACUACAACACCAGAUCCUACCACUACUCCGGAUCCAACUACAACACCUGAUCCUACCACUACUCCGGAUCCAACUACAACACCAGAUCCUACCACUACUCCGGAUCCAACCACUACUCCGGAUCCAACUUCAACACCAGAUCCUACCACUACUCCGGAUCCAACUACAACACCAGAUCCUACCACUACUCCGGAUCCAACUACAACAUCUGAUCCUACCACUACUCCGGAUCCAACUACAACACCAGAUCCUACCACUACUCCGGAUCCAACUACAACACCAGAUCCUACCACUACUCCGGAUCCAACCACUACUCCGGAUCCAACUACAACACCUGAUCCUACCACUACUCCGGAUCCAACUAUAACACCUGAUCCUACCACUACUCCGGACCCAACUACAACACCAGAUCCUACCACUACUCCGGAUCCAACCACUACUCCGGAUCCAACUACAACACCAGAUCCUACCACUACUCCGGAUCCAACUACAACACCUGAUCCUACCACUACUCCGGAUCCAACUACAACACCAGAUCCUACCACUACUCCGGAUCCAACCACCACUCCGGAUCCAACUACAACACCAGAUCCUACCACUACUCCGGAUCCAACUACAACACCUGAUCCUACCACUACUCCGGAUCCAACUACAACACCUGAUCCUACCACUACUCCGGAUCCAACUACAACACCAGAAUCCAACUACAACACCAGAUCCUACCACUACUCCGGAUCCAACUAUCCAACUACAACACCCGAUCCAACUAUAGCACCCGAUCCUACUACAACACCUGACCCCACUACUGCUCCUGAUCCAACCUCUACUCCCGACCCAACAGCGACAUCCGAUCCAACAACAUUGGACCCUACCACUACUCCAGAUCCAACCGCUACUGACGACCUUGCUACUACUCCAGAUCCAACUACAACUUCAGGGCCAACUACUACCCAAGAUCCAGCCGCUACUCAAGACCCAACAACACUUGAUCCUACCACCACGCCAGACCCAGUUACUACGGAAAACCCAAGCAUACCGGUAGUAUCCAGAGGGUUUUGGAAUCCAUUUACAAUUACAAUGGUGGUUGUACUCUCACUGAUAGCUUUAGUUAUUAUAUGUUAUAUUUUCUACGAAAUUGGACGAAGAAGAGCUAAAGCUGCAGCUGCAGCAGUAAUUAUUGACGAUCUCAAUUACGAAGAUCUGCCCAGCACUUACAGAGUACCAAGAGUUAGAAAUGUAAUACCUGAUGUGAACACAAAUCCUUAUUCUAGAAGUAGCGCAUACAUACCUUAA